AUGAAUCCCCGUAAGCGAGGAUUCGCGGAUAUCCAACCAGACCAAUCCGGUUUCGAGGCCGACCCGUAUGCCGCUCCCGGAAUCCAAGACAUGAACUUCGGCAUGCUUAACCAGAACCUCAACCAGAAUCUUAACCAAAACCUCAACCAAGUUCCCUUCCAAAGUGGCCAGAUCGUUCCCUAUAUGCAACAGGGACCGUUCGGAAUGCCUGGGAACGGGUUCGGAAACACUUACCUUGAUGGCACUACAGCGGCCCAGCAGACAGAAGAAUUUGGGGCUGAGGAUACGUAUCCAGUAGACCAAGAUUUGGAGAAGAGGAUUUCGGAUGCUAAAUCAAAGAAAAAGAGUAAACUUCCUCCAUUUGUGGAGAAAGUUGCGACAUUUGUAAACGACGAGAACAACUACGACAUCAUUCGUUGGUCUGAAGAUGGGGAUUCCUUUAUUGUUCUCGACGAGGAUAGAUUCUCUAAGGAACUCAUCCCCGGAGUCUUCAAGCAUAACAAUUUUGCCUCGUUCGUUCGACAACUUAAUAUGUACAAUUUCCACAAGAAGGUCGGAAUGACAGACGGGUCUUUAAAGGCCUCGAUGGAUGGACAGAAGGCCCGACUUGAAUAUGAGCAUAAAUACUUCAAACGCGGUCACCCAGAUAUGCUUUUCUUGAUCGAGAAGCCAAAGGCUGGGAGGAAAUCCAAGAGCGGAAGUGGCAAGAAGCUCGAGAAUGUGAAGGAAGAGAGUGACGAUGAUAUCAUUAGCGAUGAUGAUCAUUAUGAGAACGAAAGGGGCAACGGUAGCGCUCCUCGACUGCUCGAAGACACACCCUCCGGAGCAAGUAAGCAGGAAUUUUACGCUCCUCCAAACCCUUCGCAACCCGGGCCCGCCCAUGUCACCAAUAUCAAACCAAGUGGACCAGCCCAGCCCUAUAAUGGAAUACACGCAGUUGUCGAUCAUAUCGUUUCUCAACUUAAUGAGCUUAAGAACCAGCAAAGCAUGAUUUCGACAGCGAUUACUCGACUUCGACAGGAACACCAACAACUUACUAAGCAGGCUACUGCAUUUCAAGAGAUGCACGAUCGCCACGAGAUGUCUAUAUCCAAUAUUUUGCAAUUUUUGGCGUCCGUCUAUAAUAAGAACAUUGACGGUAUGAACCAGAACGGAAUGAUGCCUCAAACUAACAACUCUGUCAUCCCAACGUUCGGCAAGCACCCUGCAGCGGAUUUGGGCAACGCCCGUCCGGCUAAGCGUACUCGUUACCUGAUAGAAGAUGGGAGAAGUAACGCUAAUAAUCACAAGGGUGUGCCGGAAUUUGAUUCUUCUGAUGAGGAUGGCCGUUUGCAGGAUAUGGGUCGUCUUCAGGAGAUAGAUACUCCGACUGAGAAGGAACCAUCUGUCCGUCACGCUUCGGUUACGCCCGCUGCUACUCCAGGAAAGAUCUCGAUCCCCAGCACCGCACUUGUUAGAAAUAAUCCGGCGAUGCUGGCUCUGGGUGGUGCCCUGAGCAGUACUCCUGUUCCUGUUGUUCCCUCGGAUCAAGAGCUAAGGAGCUUAGAAGAACAUCAACUGGCUGUUGACCAAAGUCUUAAGGAACUUCAGCAGAAUGUUGAGAACCUUGCCGGCCACGCUGACGAUAUUCCGCACUUCGAUAUGGGUGGUAUGGACAAUUUCAACUUCCAGGAUGGGAGCGCUUUGGAUAACUGGAUUGCGGCCUUGUCUCCUGGUAGUUUACAAACAUUCAAUGAUGGAUUGAAGGAUAUUGAGUCAACGAUGGGAGGAGAGAACUUUGUUUUGGACCAGAAUGCUAUUGAGAACGGAGUUUUGAAUACCCAUAUCGAUAGUGUGGAUGGGACGCCAGAACCCGGACAAAAAGUCGAAGAAGUCGAUAGGGGUAGUGGCCAGACCCCUGAAGUGUAG